CACUGUCUAUCUCUUUCAUUUUAAUUCGGAUUUUAAAAAACUUUGUAAGAAAGAAACAAAUUCAAUGAGAUCUAGAAGCUUUUAUCAAAUCUUUUUGUAUAUAUUUAGGGCUAACAACUUUUCGAUUAAAUUCAUAAAAUAAUUUGCCCCCUUUGUUUUAACUCGGAUUUUUCAAAAUUUUGUACAUAAGAUUCAAAUUCACGAAUGUAAUACACGAUCGCUGAAGAGAUUGGCUUGGAAUUGAAUUUUAUGGGAUGAAGUCACCAUCAUAGAACUCGCUAUUUAUCCAUAUCCAAUUUUACCUAACUCUCACGACCAAACAAGAAAAAGUCAAAACCAUGAAUUAGCUUAUUGUUAGUCGUGAAAUUGACCCUUCAAUACAUAUAGUCUCCUUUUAACUUGAACCGUAGUACUAUUACUCCAACUCCCAACAACCCGAGUUAGAAUCUUGCUCCGACAAGAAUCUCCACUACGGCACUACCUGUUCUUGGGAAUCAGGCUGGGUUUUGCUUGAUCGACAAUGAGGAUGAGAUGAAUAACAUUCCUUCUGUUAAACCGUCAACAUCUCAGAUUAAGUUCAUGUAAAGUCAAAGACAGUGACUUUCUAACUAUAACUCAGAUGCAGAGCUUCUAAAACGAACCUCGUUCGCCAUGCGUGACCAUUUCCUUUUCGGGGUUUCUUCUGCAACAGUUUUUUUUUUUUUUUUUUUGGGUAGUUCAUCAAGUACCAUGGACAUAAUGAAUGCGACCUCUUUCCUUAAAUUUGUUUCUUUUAUCGUCAUUCUUUCCUAAAUAUUCUCCUUCCUUUUUUGUUUUUGUCACUAUUUAAACGUUAGCUAGCACGCACUACUGUAAAGAACAACAGGGGAGAAAAGGAAGAAAAAGGUAAAGAGAGGAGAAAUGAUUGUUCCAUGGUGGAUUCUCUGCUGCAUCACAUUGCUGUCCCUCGCACUGGUAUGGUGGUGGAACGAACUCCGUCACGUAGCUCCGGUGAAGGCCCGUCUCACCGGAACCGGUAAAAAACUGCCGCGGGGGCACAUGGGUCUGCCCUUCAUCGGAGACCUUCUCUCCUUCCUCUGGUACUUCAAGAUCGUCCGCCGCCCCGACGAUUUCAUCAAUUCCAAACGACACAAAUACGGAGAUGGGGUGGGACUGUACAGAACGCACCUGCUGGGCCAGCCGUCGAUCAUCGCGUGGACGGCGGAGAGCAGCAGGUUCGUUCUGCAGUCCGACGAGGCCUUCUGCCUCCACCGGUGGCCCACCAACGACCUGGUGGGCCACCACUCGCUGACGGCGGCGCUGGGGCAGAGUCACAAGCGGAUGAGGAACUUCAUUUCGGCGGCCAUCAACCAGCCCAGAGCUCUCCGCCGGAUCGCCCAGCUCAACCAGCCGAUCAUCGCCGCUUCGCUCCGGUCCUGGGCCCAGAAGGGCACCGUCAACGGGUUUCACGAAGCCAGAAAGAUGACAUUUGAGAGCAUAGGGAAGCUGUUUGUGAGCUUUGAGCCAGGUCCUGUAAUGGAACAAUUGGACGGAUACUUCCAGGGGAUGAUGAAGGGAAUGAGGGCCACUCCUAUCAAUUUCCCUGGAACUUCGUACCACCAUGCCCUCAAGUGUAGAAAGAGUAUAGAGGCGAUAUUCAGGGGAGAGCUGGAGAAGAGGAAGCAGAGAAACAGGGAAAGAAAGCAGGAAGCAGAGGAAGAAGAAGAUCUAAUGGAUGGGUUGAUGGAGAUAAGGGACGAGAAAGGCGACCUGUUGAGCGAUGAAGAAGUGGUGGAUAACAUCGCAAGUCUCGUCGUUGGAGGUUAUGAUUCCACCGCUCUUUCCUCCAUGUGGGCUCUGUACUGCCUCGCCAAGCAUCCCGACGCCCUCUCCAAACUUCGAGAGGAGAACAUGAGUCUGAAAUACGAGAAAGGUGGCGGUGAGGAUUACAUAACCUAUGAUGACAUCUCAAAACUCAAGUACACAAAGAAGGUGGUAGAGGAAAUACUGAGAUUCGCGAAUGUCUCUGUUUUCGCCUUUCGGUUGAGUGAUAGGGACGUGGAGUUUCGAGGCCACGUCAUUCCCAAAGGGUGGAAGGUGCUGUGUUGGCUUCGCUACGUUCAUACGGAUUCAAACAACUUCGAUGAUCCGUUCUGCUUCAAUCCUGACCGAUAUGAUGUAAAGCGGAGUGGGUUUCAAGCAUUUGGAGCGGGAGCGAGGAUUUGCGUCGGGAACAUGUUCGCGAGGACGCACCUUGCUAUCUUUCUCCAUCACUUGUCUACUGGAUACAAGUGGGAACUUGUAAAUCCAAAUGCAGGGGUGGAAUAUCUGUCUCAUCAAAGGCCAGCAGAUGGAGCCGAGAUUUCAAUUACCAAAAUAUGAUCCACUUACUUGGUGCAUGGACCAACAGUACUUCUGAUUUUGGUCAAAAAGUUCCAACUGCAGAUUUUUAUUUUGGCUGCUUUUGCCCUACCUCCUAAAUCGCCCUGUACUCCAAAAUAAAUAAACAAAUGAUUCCCUCUCGAGAUUCCAGUAGCCCAAUCGUAUUCAUGGGUGGCUAUAAAUUCCAUUCUUGGGUCUUAUGACGAAUGAAUAUGUCAUGCAGUGGCGGACCCAGAUUGUCGGAGAGGUGUGUCGCCGAUAAAAUAAAAUAAUAAUUAAAUUAAAUUAAAAAUUAAGUUAAAAUUAAAAGAAAUUAAUUCAUAAAGUUCACAAUGUCAUGUUUACAACGAACCACGACGACUUUUCAUCUGCUGAAAUGUCUCUAAAAUACAUUCAUCACUUAUACAGCAAAGCAAAUCUUUUUCAAUAUACACAACUAAACAAUCAUUCAUAAAUUGGUCACUCAACUGAUUUCGAAGAUCGUUCUUGAUUAUCUUCAUAGCUGAAAAUGCUCUUUCGCAGCUUGCAGUUGCCACAGGUAAGGUCAACACCAACUUUAACAGCAAGUAAACUAAAUGAUAAAGAGUGUCCUUUCCCCUUUCCACCAAUUUCCUAGCUAGCUCGUCGAUUCCUCGCAAUCCAUCAAAGCUCUUAUCCUCCUUGACAUGAGAAAUGUAGCCCCCCAAUUGUUAAUGAAGUCGUGAGAGCACAUUGGAUGGAAACUCCUCGGGAUAAAACUCAGUAAGACUCAUCAACUUUGCUUCAUCAAAAGAAGCAAAAGAGUUAGCUGGACUAAAACAAGAAAUGCAGUCCAACAAUCGAGUGUUCACCUCACCAAAUCGAGUAUUCAAUUCUUGCAGCUGCAAAUCUAUAACUGCAUAGAAUAAAUCGACUUGAUAGUAAUGCAAGUUUGUAGGCUGAUGAGGGGUGCUACGUCUUGUUCUUCCAGCAAGAGUGAACAAGUCAUUCAUGUUAGGAACAUGAAAUUGUUCCUUAGUGCAGAAUGAAACCACAUCAUCAAAUAGAGGUUCCCACCCUUCAUCUCUCAACUCUUGUAGUCUCUUCUUUGAGCAAUUAAUGAGUUCCAUAGCAUUAACAAGGUCUUGAUCUUUCCUUUGUAAAGCUAUAGACAACUCAUUUGUAAUUGCAAGCACUUCAAUCAUCAUCUUCAUGUGAAAGACAAACUGAAAAGUUUGCAUUUGAAGCAGAGAAUUUACUACUUUACCUUUGCUCGUCUGGGGUCUGGGAUUUUUUGCGAGCGAGAGAAGAGGGAACCAGGGGGGAUAAUGGGGAUGGCUUGCUGGGAAUUGAGAUAUGGAGAGGGAAUAUGGCAUUGGGCCAUUAAUUGGGGAGAUUGGGCCAUUAAUUGGGGAUGAGGAGGGAAGGAAUAAUAAUGGGGAGGUAGUGGGCUAGUGGCCGACUGGGCUUUUGGCCUGUGGGUUCUUUUCUCAUUUAAUUAAAGGCUCAGGCCCAACACUCAUCACACAUGUAUAUUGUAUGGGCUAAGAGUGUUUUUUUUAAUAGGAAGGAUAAGAUUAUGCUUUAUGAGUUAUUUUAAACAAAAUUAAAAAGGAUUAUGAUUAAGAUUGAUUCAUUUGAAUAAUAAUUUCUUCGAGUAUAAUGAAGGUGUGUCGGCUAUAAUUAUUGAUGGUGUGUCAGCUAUCCCGAAGUAAAAAAUUUUGUACUGAAAAUAUGUAGGUCCUUCGUAAAAUUCUCGAGCGAGGGUGUGUCGGACGACACACCCUGCAAUGCCUUAGGUCCGCCACUGAUGUCAUGUAUACCAAUUUUCUUCCGACACAAGACAUACAGAAAUCAAAGUGAACAAAAUAAUUAAGGAGAAGAAAUCAAAACUUAAACAUAGA